AUGACGCGUAAAGGCUUCAAAAAUCGAUUGAAGGUGAAUAAUUCCACUUCAAAAAUUGCCGUGUUUCAACAAAUAAUUAUUUCAGGUAACUCGAGAUUCAAUUGAAAAAUUUUGCCACGAUCUGAAGUUUGUUCGAAUCCUCUCACAUACAGAUCGAGAUGUUGUUGUAUGUUUUAAAGGGAUUUAGGAGAGUGAAGAUUAAUCUUGUUCUUCCAGACUGACAACAAUUAUUUAAUAAGCGAUGAUGAAGAUGAUGAGCUUAGUUCUGGAUUCUAUAAAACCAUGAAUUUAGAGAAAUUGGAUUUGUCGAGUGUUGGACCAUCUUACGAACCAAAAGAUGAAGAGAAUAUUCCAUUGAUUUCGACGCCGAGAAAACAGCAUUUUGGUGAGCUAGAAUUUAAAAAAAUAUUUUUUGAAUUUCUAUUAUACAUCCUGGAAUUGUUAUUUCUUUAUACUAAAAAAAAUAAAGAUUUCCAUUUUAUAUUUUCAUUUUUUUAAUUCUCCAAUCUUUCAUAAUUUGAAAAAAAAAUUCUAAAAUUAUCGAUAAAAAUCCUUGUAAUCAAAUUUUGCAGACCUUCCUCGUUCUCCUCGUUGUGAUUCAGCAAAUCUACCAUCAGAUCGACCAAAUGAGUUAAAAAUGUGAGUUUUUUCCUAAGAAUUCCGAGUACGUUUUCGCCUACCAAAAAAGUAUCAUUUUUCAUCGUGUGACUCAAUUUUUUGAAGUAAAAGGUCAUGUUUACUAGGAAUAAAAAAUAUUUUCAAGCUUCACACAUCUGCCAAUUAUUUUUCAACGGAAAACCACAUGUUGAAAAAAAAAACAAAUUUCAUGAAAACCCGGAAAUAUUUUCAGAUAUCGUAGAAAAUCGCUUGAAUCACCACGUGCAUUUUUGAAUGGUCAAAGUGGGAUAAGCUCAAUUCCAGCAAUUGCUCGAAAAGAAAUUCUGACUUCUGACGUUCUUCUGGUUAGUUAUUUACAAAGUUACAUCAUUUAUUAA